AUGAUAUCGAGCCUGCAGUGCAAAAGUUUGGGAUUGAUCCGCUCAUCUAGAAGACUGACACUGACCAGUGUCGGAGUCAGCUCCUGGAUCAGACGUAACUAUUCAGCAGCCAAAAAAGAGCAUUUGAGUAAAUUACCGCUGGAUGGAGUUCGGGUUCUUGAUCUAUCACGAGUACUGGCUGGGCCAUUCUGUACCCAAAUUCUGGCAGAUUACGGUGCUGAUGUGAUUAAAAUCGAGCAGCCAGGAGUUGGCGACGAAACUCGAUUCUGGAGAGCAGCUGGCGAGGGGAAAAUCUGGAAAGACGAGUAUCCACUCAUGUCGCUGUAUUAUGCAUCAAUUAACAGAAACAAACGAUCUGUUACUGUAAAUAUGAAAAAUGAAAAGGGAAUUGAAGUCAUUAAAAAGCUUGCCCGGGAAAGUGAUAUUCUGGUAGCUAAUUUCUUGCCUGGAAAACUAGAAAGCAUGGGUCUUGGAUACGAAGAUCUGAAAAAAGAGAAUCCGGGAUUGAUCUAUGCCAAUAUUACAGGCUAUGGACCAGCUGGUCCCAGUAAAGACCGUGCUGGAUACGAUGCUAUAGCAUUGGCAGAAGCUGGAUUAUUACAUAUCACUGGCGAUGCUACUGGACCGCCAUCAAAACCCGGCGUGGCUAUUGGCGACCUCUGUACAGGAUUAUAUGCUCAUGGAGCUAUUCUAGCAGCAUUACAUGGUAGACAGAACACCGGACUGGGGACCAGAAUCGAUGCUAGUUUGUUUGAAAGCGCACUCAGUCUGUUGAUUAAUGUUGGACUGGCCAGUAUCAACCUCGACUUGGACCAGCCAGAAAACAGACGACGAGGCAAGAGAUUCGGACUAGGACAUCCGAACCUGGUUCCGUACGGAGGAUUCAAAACAAAAGAUGGCAAAAUGAUCUUCAUUGCUGCCAAUAACAACCGACAAUGGUUCUCACUGUGUAAACGGAUCAAUGCUGUUGAACUCGGCAAUGACCCCAGAUUCAACACCAACGACGGUAGAGUCGACAAUCGAACUGAGCUCGUGCCAAUUCUCGAAUCACUAUUCCUAGAAAAGUCAUUACAAGAAUGGCUCGACCUGCUCGAUUCAAGCGGACUACCAUACGGAGCACUCAACGACGUCGUCGACGCACUCGACCAUCCACAAGCCGCUGCCCGCGACAUGGUCAUGACCAUCGACCAGUUCGAAGCCGCCAGAGACGGACUCCUCCGAACCAUCGGUCCUCCAGUCAAGUUCGACAGCUUCCAGCUCGAACUGCGUCGCAAACCACCUCUCCUCGGCGAGCACACCAAUGAAGUUCUCCAACAUCUCGGCUAUGAUCUCCCUGAAAUCGACGGUCUUCGCCAAGCCGGUGCAGUUUAA